CACCAUGCCCAGCUAAUUUUUGUAUUUUUAGUAGAAAUGGAUUUUUGCCAUGUUGGCCAGGAUGGUCUUGAACUCCUGACCUCAAGUGAUCCGCCCUCCUUUAGCCUCCCAAAGUGCUGGGUCUACAAGCGUGAGCCACCAUGCCCAGCCUUAUAUAUUUUCCCUGGUUGACUCAUUACAAUAACAGAUGAAGAGAUUGAGGCUUAUCAGUUUUAAUAAAUUAUCCAGGCCAUAACUCAAAUUCAAACUUAGCUUUUAAGUCUGUCUGACUGUAAAUCUGUUGAUUUUCACUAAACUACAGUCUCUUGGACUCUCAAUAAGAGUAAUUUGAUAAUGUCUCAAGGUCUUUUUCUUUAUAAGUCAUAGAUUGAUUACCAACCUGAACACCUUUGGAGCCAAAAUUCACCAGUGUAAUGGGUGAAUGAAUUAAUUUUUUAAAAAUCAUACAUUUCUUUGCUUAAAGAAUAUUGCAAAUCAAUAAUUAGGAACUCUAUUGUCUCUAGUUCCUUAAAGGACUCCUUUUAUUUUAUAGCAUCAGUGUACUUAGUAACAAGUUUUUUUCUUUUUUGCUUCUUUCAUGGCUUAAUCAUCUCUUUUCUGACUGCUUUACCUGUAGCCUUGUACAUAUCAGCACCCCUUUCUCUGGAGCCUCUGCCCCCUGCCCCCAGCAUCACCAUCAUUCAGAGUUCCACGAAGCCAGGUUCCUGUGAGAAGUGACAUGGCCCACGGAAUCUGGUUUUUCAUCUCCUGGGUGAAAGCGCUGCCGGGAGGUACCCACUUCAGCCCUCUUGUACCCCAUUGCUGUAGCCUAUGCCCAGUCUGCCCUGGAUGGUGGCUCUUUGUGGAUGCUUUGAGUAAGUUAGUGGCCUGUCAUGCUUUCCCAGCCUUAAGAGAAAACCUGGUUGGAGUCGAGGACUGAAUUGGGAUGUCACCUUUACAGUUUCUGUUUUGUUUAGUGCGCUUCUGUUCCUGGCUUAAACUCACAUGACCCGGGGAAAUAGGGACUUCUUUAUUCCCGUAGCUGUGUUCCCUCAGUGUUCCAGCUCAUAUAGUACCUUCCCAGAGAAGGUUGGGGAUUCACUUAAUAUGAGAAAUUCCAAUAGUUUUUUCCUUUAGUGUUUCUUUUUUUGGGAGGGCAGGGGGAUAGUUGUUCUUCACUACUUUAGGGGUAUUUAUUAACAUUUUAAGAAAACUGAAGAAAGAACCAGUUAAAGCAGAGUGCUUAUUUUGGUUUCCAAAUGAAGUUUUUAAAAAGUUCUUUUUGCCAAACCUUUUUUUUGUUGUUGUUGUUGAGACAGAGUCUAGCUCUGUCGCUCAGGCUGGAGUGCAGUGGCGCAAUCUCGGCUCACUGCAACCUCCGCCUCCCGGGUUCACGCGAUUCUCCUGCCUCAGCCUCCUGAGUAGCUGGGAUUACAGGCAUGUGCCAUCACGUAUGGCUAAUUUUUGUAUUUUUAGUAGAGAUGGGGUUUCACCAUGUUGGUCAGGCUGGUCUCAAACUCCUGACCUUGUGAUCCUCCCGCCUCGGCCUCCCAAAGUGCUUAGAUUACAGGCGUGAGCCACCGCGCCUGGCCUGAAACCACAUUUUUAAUGUAGAACAUUCGAAUGAAUCACUAAGCAAAAACGCCAUGCCUUGGUAUAUUCAUAUAUACAUUUUCCUAUUUAUAAAUAUUUACAAAAAUGCAAAUAUGGUAGCCUCCGCCCUGUAUUAGUCCGUUCUCAUGCUGCUAUAAGGAUGUACGUUAGACCGGGUAAUUUUUAAAGAAAGAGGUUUAAUUGACUCACAGUUCUGCAUGGUUGGAGAGGCCUUAGGAAACUUACACUCAUGGCAGAAGGGGAAGCAAACACAUCCUUCUUCACAGGGUGGCAGGAGAGAGAAGAAUGAGAGUGAGGGGGGUGAAAGCCCUUUAUAAAAUCAUCAGAUUUCAUGAGAACUCAUUCCCUGUCAUGAGUACAGCCUGAGGGUAACCGCCCCCAUGAUUCAGUUACUUCCCUCCAGGUCCCUCCCAUAACACAUGGGGAUUAUGGGCACUACAGUUCAAUAUGAGAUUUGGAUGGGGACACACCCAAACCACAUGACCCCCUUAUCUGUGAUUUUGCUUUCUGCAGUUUCAGUUACCCUUGGUCAACGUUGGUUCAAAAAUAUUCAAUGGAAAAUUCCAGAAACAAUUCCUAAGUUUUAAAUUUCAUGCCCUUCCAAGUAGCAUGAUGAAAUCUGGGGCCAUCCCACCCUAUCCCGCCCUGGAUGCGACUUUUCUCUUUGCCAGCGUCCCCGCCUGCAGGUCACUUAGUAGCCAUCUCUGUGAUCAAAUUCACUGUCUUGGAAUCACAGUGCUUGUGGUCAAGUGACCCUUACUUUACUUCCAUGGCCCUAAAGCACAAGAGGAGUGGCACUGGCAAUUUGGAUACACCAUAGAGAAGCCAUAAAGUGCUUUCUUAAGUGAAAAGGUGAAAGUUCUCAAUAAGAAAAGAAGAUCAUAUAGUGUGGUUGUAAGAAGGAAUCCUUGGGGCCAGGUGCAGUGGCUUAUGUCUAUAAUCCCACCACUUUGGGAGGCCAAGGUGGGAGGAUCACUUGAGCCCAGGAGUUCGAGAUCAGUCUGGGUAAUAUAGCAAGAGCCUGCCUCUACAAAAAAAAAAAAAAAAAAAAAUUAGCCAGGCAUAGUGGCAUACACCUGUACUCCUAGCUACUCAGGAGGCUGAGGCGGGAGGAUCACUUGAGUCCGGAAGUUCAAGGCUGCAGUGAGCUAUGAUUGCAUCACUGCACUUCAGCCUGGAUGACAGAGUGAGACCCAAUCUCUUAAAAAAACACAACAAAAAAGGCUUUGCAGAUGCCACCGCCGCCAGGAGCCCUGUACUACCAGCCAUGGUCAACCCCACCAUGUUCUUCAACAUCGCCAUCAACAGCGAGCCCUUGGGGCACAUCUCCUUCGAACUGUUUGCAGACAAGUUUCCAAAGACAGAAAACUUUCGUGCUCUGAGCACUGGAGAGAAAGGAUUUGGUUAUAAGGGUUCCUGCUUUCACAGAAUUAUUCUAGGGCUUUUGUGUCAGGGUGGUGACUUUACAUGCCAUAAUGGCACUGGUGGCAAGUCUGUCUACAAGGAGAAAUUUGAUGAUGAGAACUUCAUUCUGAAGCAUACAGGUCCUGGCAUCUUGUCCAUGGCAAAUGCUGGACCCAACACAAACGAUUACCAGUUUUUCAUCUGCACUGCCAAGACCGAGUGGUUGGAUGGCAAGCAUGUGGUCUCUGGCAGGGUGAAAGAAGGCAUCAAGAUUGUGGAGGCCAUGAAGCGCUUUGGGUCCAAGAAUGGCAAGAGCAGCAAGAAGAUCACCAUUGCUGACUGUGGACAACUCUAAUAAGUUUGACUUGUGUUUUAUCUUAACCACCAGACCAUUCCUUCUCUAGCUCAGAAGAGCACCCUCCACCCCAUUUGCUCGCAGUAUCCUAGAAUCUUUGUGCUCUCACUGCAGUUCCCUUUGGGUUCCAUGUUUUCCUUGUCCCUUUCCAUGCCUAGCUGGAUUGCAGAGUUAAGUUUAUGACUAUGAAAUAAAAACUAACAAAAAAUAAUAAUAAUCUGCCCAUAAAAUUGUGAAAAAGGAAAAAUACCUUUGUGCAUAGGCUAUGAAGUUUAGGAGUGGGUACUAGCCAUGGUUUUAGGCAUCUCCUGGGAGACUUGGAACGCCUUCUUGAGGAUAAGGGGCACCUACUGUAUACUGUUUGUAUUCAUCUGUUGUCAUUUGAAAGGAACUGAAUGUCUUUCCAGGUCACCGCACAGCCUGCACCUGAGUCAGGUCAAUUGGCUGGCCAUCCCGUCAUGUGGUUCUACACAGGGUACCAUUAUUUAUUUAGUCCCUUAUUGCUGGACCCUCAUGGCCAAGGCUGCCAGUGGGCCCCUUCUUCCACAGUGACAGUUUGUUCUGGGCACCUGGAGGGCCCCACUCAUCCCUCCUGCUGGCUGGGAUAUGUGUACCAGUGGUAGGAAGUCAUCCCACAGCACCUGCACCAAGCCAGCAUCUUGGGGGCAGGGGAGACAGGACAGAGGGAGCCAGCCCUGCUGUCAUUUUAGGGCACAAAUUCCCCACUGAGGGAUGCAGAGACCUUUUCAUGAAAGAUAAACGUGCUUGUGUUGUGAGCGGCUGUUAUUUUGGGACUGGAGCCCACGCAGCUCAACCUGUAUACUAACUAAUAAAACAUCUGUGUGUAGGCCAGGUGCAGUGGUUCACUCCUGUAAUCCCAGCACUUUGGGAGGCUGAGGUGGGUGGAUCACGAGAUCAGGAGAUCGAGACCAUCCUGGCUAACACAGUGAAACCCUGUCUCUACUAAAAAUACAAAAAAAAAUUAGCUGGGCGUGGUGGCGGGCACCUGUAGUCCCAGCUACUCAGGAGGCUGAGGCAGGAGAAUGGUGUGAACCUGGGAGGCGGAGCUUGCAGUGAGCCGAGAUUGGCCACUGCACUCCAGCCUGGACGACAGAACGAGACUCUGUCUCAAAAAAUAAAAAAUAAAAAUAAAAUAAAACAAAACAUCUGUGUGUAGCUUUGGCCUUAGAGACAUUUUCGUGUUUUCAUUAUGUUACUUUUUGAAUAAGUAGUAUGACCUAUUCAGAGGUCAGCUGUGUGGUAGAAAAUUCAAAAGCCAUCAAGGGGAGGCAAGGAAGUUAAGUCUCAUUCUCCCUGCACUGAACUUCUCCCCCAUAGGCAGCUUCUGUUGUGGGCUCUUGGUGUGUCCUUCCAGUGGUGGCAAGGAUGGGAGCAUGUGCACACGUGUGCCUCCGCAGGCCUUCAGCACAAUUGGCAGCAUGCCUCUUGAUUUUUCACUAACAGCAGAUCCUGGAGGUCUUUAUAUAUGAAAAUACGUAGAUCAACCUCCUUUUAGUUUUAUUGUAUUUUUUUAGAGAUGGCGGAGGGGAGGUCUCACUGUGUUACCCAGGCUGGUCUGGAAUUCCUGACUUCAAGUGAUCCUCUGGAGUUGCUGGGAUUACAGGUGUGAGCCACCAUGUUCAGCUCCAACCUCCUUUUUAAAAAGGCUGUGUAUGGGUCCUUUCCACUCAGAGACUCCUCUCUCUAUAUAUAGAGAGAGCUGUUUCUGUUUCCCUUCUCUUCUAUUAAACCUCCAUUCCAAAAAAAAAAGGGGGGGCUGCUGUAUAUUGUAGCAUUGAAUGGAUACACCAUUACCUCUUCAAUCCAUCCCCUAUUAGUAGACAGUAAGGUAGUUUUAAGUCUUUUGUGCUAGUACACAGGGCUGAAGUUAAUAUCCUUGUACAUGUAUCACCUCUCCAGACUAUUUCCUGAUGAAUAUUUGAAAAUCUUAAUUAAGUUUUAGGAAGGCAGUGUGGUGUAUUGAGAUGAGUUUUAAACCAGGAACCAAGAAGCUUCCUUCACUAACCCUCCCUUGGACUUUGGAAGUCAGUUAACCUCUCUGGGGAUGAGUGUCUUUAUUGGUAAAUGAAAAAAACUGCUUAAAAGGAGCCAUUUGUCUUUAAAACUCAUGAUUUGACAAGUACAUACUUUGUCCUGGGCCUGACCCCAUCCUCAGGGAUAACAGAAGGCUGGGGAAGGUUCUGAGAGGGAAUAGCUCUGAGAAAACCACAGACUUUAUGUAUCAGGGACUCAUCAGACCCCAGGGUUCUUCUUGAGUUGACUUUUUGCUGUCACUUCCUAAGGAAAAGGGGAAAAGAUACGUUUUGGCAAAGGAGAGACCCCAGUCCUGCUUGUCCCAGCUUUAAGCCAUCCCUUCUAGACACUGCCACUUGCUCCUUGUCUUGUAGACAACUUCUCAGAGCUCUGUGGUAUUUCUCUGCUUUUUAAA